CGGGCGGCCGCGGGGCGAAAGCGGGAGGGGGCGCUGCGGGCCGAGCGGGCGCGGCGCGGAGGAAGGGCCGUCUUGCCGCCGCCUCGGCUGCGCCAGGGGCCGCAAUGUCGUCCCGGCCGCGGCGCGACGACGCGGGGGCCGCGGGCGCACGGCGGCAGCGGGAGCCGCCGGAGCAGGAGCUGCAGCGGCGCCGGGAGCAGAAGCGGCGGCGGCACGACGCGCAGCAGCUGCAGCAGCUCCAGCACCUGGAGUCCUUCUAUGAAAAACCUCCUCCUGGGCUUAUCAAGGAAGAUGAGACGAAGCCAGAAGACUGUAUACCAGAUGUGCCAGGCAAUGAACAUGCCAGGGAGUUUCUGGCUCAUGCACCAACUAAAGGCCUUUGGAUGCCACUGGGGAAGGAAGUCAAAGUUAUGCAGUGUUGGCGUUGUAAACGGUAUGGUCACCGAACAGGUGACAAAGAAUGUCCUUUCUUCAUCAAAGGCAACCAAAAGUUAGAACAGUUCAGAGUAGCACAUGAAGAUCCUAUGUAUGACAUCAUAAGAGAGAAUAAAAGACAUGAAAAGGAUAUAAGGAUACAACAGUUAAAACAGUUACUGGAGGAUUCUACCUCAGAUGAAGAUGCGAGCAGCUCCAGUUCCUCAGAAUGCAAAGAAAAACUUAAGAAAAAGAAGAAGAAAGAAAAGCAAAAGAAAAGGAAGAAAGAAAAGAAAAAGAAGAAAAAACGGAAGCAUAAGUCUUGCAAGUCAAAUGAGAGUUCGGACUCAGACUGAUAGGACUUGACUUGUGUGGCAUUCUCAUCUCAGCAAUCAAACACUGUGGCCAAAGAGCAGAGGCAUGGGGGUCGGAGAAGAAAAGGAGGGACGCGCUGAGGACCUUUGGUGUGGGCCUGUGAGCUCUCACGUCUUCCAGCACAGAUGUGACCCACAGGGGAGGGAGGGAUCCUCCCAGGUGCCGGCUGUGCACAGGGGCUGAUUUCAGGCAGGAGCGCCUUCGUCAGUGUCCUCCUGCCUGCUCAUCUGCAGCUUGUGAUUCCUUUGGAACGGCGCUGCCAAGGGUGGCUGGACAAAGGGAGUCUCUGGGGAGUUCCAGGCGCUGCCACAGCCAUCACCCUCCUGACAGGCGGCUUGACUUCACUCCCAGACUUCAGCUUGGCCUUAUCUCUUGUUAAAGGUAAUAAAGGUUAGAGGUAAUAAAA